AGCGCGCGCCUUUUUAGCACGCUCUUUCCUUUGGUUGCCAGAUUGAUAAUGGCGGCAGACGAUCGCGUGCAAUUUAAUUCGAUUUUAAGUAAUUUGUUAAAUACAGAUAACGAAGUUAGAACUAAAUCAGAGGAAGCACUUGAGAAUAUUCCAAUUGCAAAUAGAACAGGCUUUCUUCUUGCUGCUGUAUCAGCUGGAGACAACAGUGAUGAGGUGCGACAACUUGCUGCUGUUUUAUUAAGAAGACUUAUUUCAACAGAUUUUGAAGAAAUAUCAACAGAGUUGAAUGUAGAAGCAUUCAAUCAACUCAAAUCUCAACUUUUAAUUAUAAUUCAACAGGAAGGCAAUCCUUUAUUAAGGAAAAAAAUAUGUGAUACUGUUGCUGAAUUAGCAAGGAAUCUUAUUGAUGAUGAUGGUAAUAAUCAUUGGCCUGAAUUUUUAAAAUUUCUGUUUGAUUGUGUAAGUUCAACUAACCAUGUUCUCCGAGAAUCGGCAUUGCAAAUGUUCACAAUUGUACCAGGUAUAUUUGGCAACCAGCAAACUCGUUAUUUGGAAGUUAUCCAUCAAAUGUUAAUACAGAGCUUACAAGAACCUUCAAUACAACAAGUUAAAAUUUCUGCUGUUAAGGCUACAACUGCUUUCCUUGUUGCUCAUGAGAAAGAAAAUAAUAUUCAUAGACAUUUUUCUGAUUGCCUUCCACAUUUAUUGCAGGUAUUAUCACAAACUUUUGAACAACAAGAUGAUGACAGCAUACUUAAGUGCUUUGUUGAUCUUGCAGAAUCUUGUCCUAGAUAUCUGCGAAGUCAGCUUGAUUCAUUAUUACAACUAUGUAUAAAAGUUGUAUCUGAAUCAAGUAUGCAAGAUACAUUCCGACAUUUAGCUCUUGAAAUAGUUGUAACUUUAUCAGAAACGUCACCUGGAAUGAUACGUAAACUUGGUAGCAAACAUAUUUCACAGUUAGUUAGAUUAAUAAUUUUUUGUUUUUUAAAUAGAUAAUACAGUAAAACUAAGGUAAUAUCUAAUUGAAUUAUUUUAUAUUUAAACAGAAAUUCUGCAGUUGGUGAAUCUUCCCUUGAUAGGCUUGCAUGUUCUCUUGGUGGGAAGUCCAUUUUGCCUUUAGUAAUAAAUUAUUUACCACAAAUGUUGUCUAGUCCUGAUUGGAAGCAUCGUCAUGCAGGAUUAAUGGCUGUAUCUGCAGUUGGAGAAGGUUGCCAUAAGCAGAUGGAAGUUUUAUUAGGACAAGUAGUAGAUACAGUGCUACCAUAUUUACAAGAUUCACAUCCCAGAGUUCGAUAUGCAGCUUGCAAUUGUAUCGGUCAAAUGGCUGCAGAUUUUGCUCCAAUUUUUGAAAAAAAAUUUCAUGAAAAGGUGAUACCUGGCUUGCUUCAUUUAUUGGAUGAUAAUGCAAAUCCUCGUGUUCAAGCCCAUGCAGGAGCUGCUUUAGUAAACUUUUUUGAAGAUUGCCCAAAGAAUGUUCUUAUCCCAUACUUGGAUAGUAUUGUUGCCAAGUUAGAGACUGUUCUUAGCUCAAAAUUUAAAGAAUUAGUUGAAAAAGGUACAAAAUUGGUGCUGGAACAAAUGGUUGUUACAUUAGCAUCUGUUGCUGACACAGCUGAAGAAAAAUUUAUAAAAUAUUAUGAUAGAUUUAUGCCUUGUUUGAAAUAUAUUAUUGAGAAUGCUACAAGUCAAGAACUGAGAUUACUACGUGGAAAAACAAUAGAAUGUGUCAGUUUAAUUGGUUUGGCUGUAGGAAGAGAAAAGUUCAUGGUUGAUGCUAGCGGUGUUAUGGAUAUGUUGUUAAAAAGUCAGACUGAUGGUAACAUGAUGGCUGAUGAUGAUCCACAGUUAGCCUAUAUGAUAUCUGCUUGGGCAAGAAUUUGCAAAAUUCUUGGCAAACAAUUUGAGCCAUAUUUACCAUACGUGAUGGGUCCAGUUUUAAAAGCUGCUUCAUUGAAACCAGAGAUUGCACUCCUUGACAGUGAAGACAUGAAAGUUGUUGAAGAUGAUGAUGACUGGCAGUUUGUGAGCCUUGGAGAGCAGCAAAAUUUUGGAAUACGAACUGCAGGUCUAGAAGAAAAAGCUACAGCAUGCCAAAUGUUAGUUUGUUAUGCUCGAGAAUUGAAAGAAGGGUUUGCUCCCUAUGUGGAAGAAGUUGUUAAAUUAAUGGUGCCAAUGCUCAAAUUUUAUUUUCAUGAUGGUGUUAGAAUUGCUGCUGCAGAAGGUUUACCAUUUCUAUUAGAAUGUGCAAAGAUUAGAGGUGAAGCCUAUGUUGCUGAAAUGUGGAGAUAUGUUUGCCCAGAACUUUUAAGAGCUGUUGAUACUGAACCUGAAAAAGAAGUGCUUUCUGAUCACAUGCAUGCUCUUGCAGAAUGUAUUGAAGUAUUGGGAAAAGGAUGUUUACCAGAGUUACAGAUGACUGAUGUGAUUCGAAUAUUAGACAAAAAGCUCAAGGAACAUUUUGAGCGUGCUCAAGAAAGACAAGAGAAAAGAAAAGAUGAGGAUUAUGAUGAAAUGGUUGAAGAAGCUUUAUUAGAUGAAGAUGAUGAAGAUGUUUAUUUAUUAAGCAAAGUUGCAGAUAUUUUACAUGCUUUGUUUGCAAGUUAUAAGCAAGAUUUUUUCCCUUAUUUUGAUCAUUUGCUACCACAUUUUAUUAGACUUGCAGAUCCUGAUAGACCAUGGUCUGAUCAUCAGUGGGCAUUGUGUGUUUUUGAUGAUGUUAUAGAACAUGGUGGACCAGCAUGUAGCAAAUAUCAAGAGUAUUUCUUACAUUUAAUGAUGGAUUCACUUGGAGACUCAAGCCCUGAAGUAAGACAAGCUGCAGCAUAUGGAAUAGGAGUUUUAGGCCAGUUUGGUGGUGAAGGAUUUGCCAAAGCUUGUGCAGAAAGUAUACCAAGAUUAGCACAGAUGAUAAAUGCUCCCGAUUCUCGAUCACCUGAAAACAUUAAUGCAACUGAAAAUGCUAUAGCUGCAAUUACUAAAAUUUUAACUUACAACAGUAGUCAAGUUGUUAUUGAUGAAAUAUUGCCACAUUGGCUGAAUUGGUUACCUGUGUGGGAAGAUGAAGAUGAAGCACCACAUGUAUAUGGAUUCCUCUGCACUUUGCUCGAACAGAGUAAUCCAAUGUUGUUAGGACCUGAAAAUUGUAAUUUACCUCGAAUUGUUAUGGUUAUGUCUGAGACCUUUGUUCAUGAAGCAAUCAAACUAGAUUCUGAUGUUGGAAAGCGUAUGAUAAAUCUGCUUAGGCUUAUACAGAACAAUGCAGAAGUAUUUUCUGAAUGCAUCCGACACCUCACUCCUCGUCAACAAGAGGCCUUGCACAAAGUCUUAACAAUGCAGUGAACAGAAAAGACUGCAAAAUUUGUUCACAAAGUUCCUGCCAGUUGCCUUUCUAUUAGCCAUUGGGCUUUUCAUAGGAAGCAGGGAGUGUGAUUUGGAGGAAUGUGAAACCGCCAAUUUCACUCGACUCAAAAUCAUGUAAACCAUCUGUUAAGAUAUAGCCUGACGGAAUAAAAGAUUAAUUUAAUAUUAUUUUCACAACUUUAAUGUAUUGUAGCAUUUUAUAAAUAAUUGAAAAUUUUGUACGGAAAUGUCUUACACUUAUUCACUUGUUUUGAUUUUUUCAUUCGAAUUUUACUGUAUUAUGCUUAAGUCAAACUAGAAUAUGUUUAAAAUGACUUAAGCAUAUUUAAAUAUUUCGGUACAGUUUAAUAAUCUCAUAUUUGGUUUAAAAUUUCAUUUGGUAUGAAACUAUUAGUUUUAAACGUUCCGUAUUAUUACUAAAUUUAAAAGUUAUUUGACAGCUGCAAUCAGAAUGUAUUAUUUCGUUUGA